AUGAUGCAAUACCAGCAUACCGGGAAAGAUGAGAUUAUCGACCAGGCAAUUGAUUCCAGUGCGCUGGCAGUCGCAAACAUUCCUUUCAGUCAUCCGCACAGGGCUGUGGUCCUUGACACCCACGGUCAGCAAUACAUAGCUCGCGCCAAACGAGCCGCCUCCGAGACAUCUAAUGCAGAUUUCGACCGAGCGCUGCAAUACUUUCAGGAAGCUCUGAACGCUCCACACGCGGUACUUCUCGACCGCGUAGAAGCCGGUCAGCGAGCUUUCCACUGCCAAAUUCAGCGAAAAGACUGGGUCAGUGCGUCCAGGUUGUCGACAGCUGUCAUGGAACUGCUUCCCAAGUUGGUUCUUCGGUGGCUCCCACGCGAAGACCAACAGCGGAUUAUCCAGCGUUUGACUGGGUUCUCGAGUCUCGCCGCCUCCGCAGUUCUCAAUGCCGGUGGAAGGCCAGGGGCUGCUCUCCAGGUACUUGAAGGAGGCCGCGGGGUGAUUGCAGGAUUGACAAUCGACUUGCACAGCGAUAUCUCCCGACUGCGCCAACAUCAGGGUAUGCUGUAUGCUCAAUAUAUCAGCUUGCGUGAUAACGCAUUUGUGCAAAAAUUUAGCGAUCUGGUAAUCUCAUCAUCCCCGUCAACUUCGUCGCAGAGCAUGAGCUCCAAACUCGCCCAGCACCGUGAGAGCUCUCAGCAGUUGGAGAAGAUGGAGACCACAAUCCGCCAGAUUCCCGGAUUUGAGCGGUUUCUCCUGCCCGCGGAGGAAGCAGAGCUCUUGCAACUUGCCAUACGCGGACCAAUCAUCUCGUUCAACGUCACUGAGCAUCGCAGCGACGCCCUAAUCCUCACCUCCAAGGGUGUCGAUGCCAUCGACCUCGUUAACCUUCACUAUGCCGACCUCGUCCGCAAUAUGCGGAAGCUUGUGGGCAGUAACAAGCUGUCCAGCGGAAAGCCCAGCUCACGAUCCCGCCGCAGACGAGAGCUCCAACGCAUCCUACAUUGGAUAUGGGACGUAGCUGUCUAUCCGGUCCUUUCACGCCUAGGAUAUAUCUCCCCCAUUCAUGCCACUAACUCAGACCUACCACGCGUAUGGUGGCUAUGCACCGGCUAUAUGGGCCUAGCACCCCUGCACGCAGCAGGCCAACCCCAGGGUCCAAGCACCUCCGAUUUCGUCAUAUCAAGCUACACCCCCACCAUCAAAGCCCUCCAACACGCCCGCGAGAUCAGCCGCAACCGUCAUCUAGAAGUGAAUCCGCAACUCCUCAUGAUCGAAAUGCCCGAAACACCCGGAAAAGCAGCCCUUAACACAACCGCAGAGCUCGCCGCUAUCUCCCAUACCGUCCACCCACUCAUCACACAUCCAACAAUCCUUUCGAACCCAAGCAAGCGAGCAGUCUGCGAGGCUAUAUCAGCCUAUCACCUGGUUCACUUCGCCUGUCACGGCCACGCAAAUGCACUAGAGCCCGCGGCAGGCGGUUUAUUCCUCGGGCCUGCUCCGGUCCACGGAGCCGAUGGACAAGCUCCUGCAGAGCUUCUCACGAUCAAUGAACUAACACACGUCUCUCAUCCCCGUGCACAGAUAGCUUAUCUAUCGGCUUGCUCGACGGCAGAGAACGCUAGUGACUCGCUGAUCGAUGAGGCGAUCCACCUGGCCGGCACCUUCCAGUUACUGGGGUUCCCGCAUGUAAUCGGGUCACUAUGGGAGGCGAAUGAUCGAGCAGCGAUUUCUGUUGCGGAGGGGUUCUAUAAGAAUUUAGUGGAGUAUCUGUUGGCGCCGGAAUCGAAGUGGGACGGAGAUGAUGGGAGAAUUGUGGCCACGGCGCUUCAUCGUGCUGUGGGAGAGGUCAAACAGAAGAAUAGGGAUCCCUUGGCUUGGGCGACGUUCAUUCAUGUCGGGGCUUAGGAAGUUGAUUUUCAGGGUUAGUUAUGUCUUUCUGGCUUAAUCAUCGCUAGCUUGAGGGCCUUUAUCUAUUUUGUUCUGAGACAGAUGGGAACUGUCAAUAGUACUAAUGUAAUAUUAUGGUAUAUAUAAACAAAAAUAUCUUACUAC